AUGUAUAGAUUAAUAUUAUCAGUUAUAAAUAGAACAAAGUUACUUGUACUUAGGAAUAGCAAUGCCCAUAGUAAUAGGAUUGCUUAUUUCAAUGAACAAUACAAUCCUUUGGCAAAGCUGGAUGUUAUACCUAGACAUAUGAACCAACAACAGCUACUCUUUGGAAAGAGUGAUCUACUGAAUGAGCUUGGCACUGGUGUAGGAUCAGUCGGUUCUGGAUGCAAUAUUAGACGUUUGGAG